AGGAAUCAGUGGAGAGUGGCUGAGAGGGGAAGGGAGGAGCACCAAGUAGACAGCAAGGUUACACAUGAGGAGGCUAUAAACAAAGCACAGAAAGGGACAGAAGGGAGCGAACAGGUAGAGUUGGUUAGCAGUCGGCUUCAAUCUUUUACCUCACAGCUAAUUACCAGUUUCAAACGCUGCAAAGCAAAUAGAAAGAAAAAAACAAAGGAACAAAAGAAACAAACAGGCAGGGCUGGCUGAGAGGAGAAAGAAGUAACAAGAAAAGGAAGGAGAGACAGCAGCUGAAAAAGUGGAGUCCAGGGGAUUAAUUGAGAAGAAGAAACAAAGAAGGGGAGACUUGGCCUGUUGAGGAGCGAGCGAGAGAUAGAGAGAGGGGAGUAAGAAAACAGCAGACACUCGCUGACAGGGAGGACCGAACUUAACUGCAUGGACUACUGACAUCAGCAAAACAAAAGGAGAAGAGCGUCAGGAAAGAGGUCACUGUGGUCACUGUGGUGCGCUGCUUGUCUGAGCACGCCUACUAUGCAACCGAGACAGCCGAGAUAGACAAGCAAAGUCAGUCUGUUCAGCUCAAAAAGACAACUCUCCCUGUGGCAGCACCAUGUUGAUGAAAGAGUACCGCAUAUGCAUGCCACUGACUGUGGAUGAGUACAGGAUCGGUCAGCUGUACAUGAUCAGCAAGCACAGCUGCGAGCAGAGCGGCGGGGGCGAGGGGGUGGAGGUGGUGAAGAACGAGCCCGACACCCACCCUCAGCAUGGACACGGGCAGCUGACCGAGAAGAGAAUCUACCUCAGCAGUAAACUCCCAUCCUGGGCGAAAGCGUUUGUCCCGCGCUUCUUCUACGUGACAGAGAAGGCGUGGAACUUCUACCCGUACACCAUCACAGAGUACUCAGUGUCAUUCCUCCCCAAGUUCAGUAUUCGCAUUGAGACGAGAUUCGAGAACAACAACGGCAGUAACGACAACGUGUUUGGGGACACGCCGACCCCAGCAGACAGCGUGAGCUUCCUGGAUAUCCUAAGUGACCCCAUCCCUGAAAAGCACUACAAAGAAUCAGAGGACCUGAGUCUCUGGCAGUCAAACAAAACGGGCCGGGGGCCCCUGGAGAAAGGCUGGAGAGACGACCACAAGCCUGUCAUGUGCUCCUAUAAGAGGGUGCAGUGCAGCUUUGAGGUUUACGGCUUCCAGACCAAGACUGAGGAGUUCAUACAUCGAAACAUCAAGGACAUUCUUCUGAUUGGUCACAGGCAGGCGGUAGCGUGGAUAGAUGAAUGGCACGGGCUCAGUUUGGAGGAGGUGAGGGAAUAUGAACAAGUAAUGCAGGAGAAGACCAACAGCAAAGUCAAAUCCAGCCAGAACAACACAGGCCCACAGGUUACCCCUCGUCCUCAGUUCUCCCGCUCCAUCUCCGUGACGGAUGAGCGUUCCUUGAAGAAGAUGGGAGUGACGGCGACGCCCAUGUCUGACCCCUCUGAAACGUCCCUGCCACACAGUCCCAUACGCCUCCAUUCAACCCCUGAAUGAUGUGUAUGGGUCUCUGUCUGACACACACACACACACACACAGCUUGUAUAUUGCAACCUUGAAACCCAAACGCAGUCCACACUCAGCCUUGUCACGAGGAAUUCUUUCUCAAAUACCAACACAUGCGAACAGAAACGAGAUCCGAAAAGGCAGAGUUUGACGUUUUGGGGAAAUGGUGUGGACUGAGAUGAGAUAAGUGUUACUUUCUUCUCUGUAUACCGAUAUAGAAAUGACCAGCAGCUGGUGAGGAUUCAAGACUGGAAAUAACUAAGCUUACGUUCUCCAGCAAAAAUACACUGAAGCUAAAGGGGAAUACUUGGAGUUAAAUACUACAUUUUUCAAAAAAAAAAGAAAAGAAAAAGAAAAACACAUUUUAAAAAUAGAAUGUAAUGUAAAUGGAAUGAGGACACAUUACAAAAAUAAAAUAAUUUUCAGUGCAAAAGACUAUUUGUAACAGAUGUGGUAGCAGCAGAGCUUUACGAGGUAUUUGCUUUUUCACAGUACAAACAGUCCUUUUCAUUCACUACAGACCCACAGUGCCUAACUGAUCAUGGGAAGUCCAUGAGAAAGCUGUGUGACGAGUGGCUUCUUAAAUCCAAACAGCCAAGUGGUAUUUUUCAAAUUACCAACAAAAUCGCCAGGUUCAGAGGUUUAGGUGUAGAGAUUGUGAUGUUUGAACGGAGCAAUUCCCAAUUUUUACGCUGCACUUUUCCCUCCGUGGAAAGCUAAAAUAACUGGCUGCUGGCUACUGCUUCUGUUUACUGUACUGAUUCAAGAACGAUAUCGAUCGCCUCAUUUGACUCUUGUCCAGAGUGCAAACACAGAGCCGCUCUUCAAAUGCCGAACUAUUCUUUUCCUUUUUUGUUCUUUUGCACCAGCAUAGAAACACUUUUAUUUGCUCUCAUUUACAUGCAGCUGUUCCCUUUCCUGGCAGCACGCAUGUUAAUAAACACUGCACAAACGCACAAGAGUCCACAAACACCUUGUGUCUACAAGCAAACCUUGCAAGCAGCUUGUACACUCGAAACAUUUCAGCACUUUCCCCCAGUACCUCAGCCACAGUGAAGCACAUUCCGACCACCAGCCGGGCGUUCCGAUUGUUUCCAAGCCCCCAACCAGCAGUCUACAGACGGAUGCAUAAGGGGUUUAAUAGAGUGGAUCUAAUGAGAGAGCAGGGGAGAUGUGCUGCUGGUAGUGGGUGGGGGUGUGGGGGGGUGGGGGUGGGGGUGGGGGUGGGGGGUUUGACUGUCAAUGCAAUGGAUCAGCUCCACACUCAACCUCAGCCAAUGGGUCAGAGCAGGUGUAUUGACAGAAGGCAGCCGCGCGUUGUAUCGGUUCCUUGAUCACUUUAGCUGAGGGCUGCAGAUGGGUCAAGCCAGGGCUGAGCUUCAAUUAUGUGUCUGUUUAUAACAUUAGCAGCUUUUUUUUAAAAAUAUAUAUAUGUAUAUGUGUGUGUGUGUGCAAGUGAAAGGAUUCUCAUCAGAGACAACAUAAUUGAUGUACAUGUUUGUGCAAAAGUUCAAAGCUGGUGUGGAGGAGUGGGGCCCUGCAAGACUGCAUCCAAAAAUUAUGUGAUAAUUAAAAUGAAAAAAACAAAAAACUAUUAUUGCAUGAUGCAAAUGGGAAAGUCAAUCAGCGGGAGAGGAAUCAUUAAUUGGUGUGACAAACCUUUGACUUCAAUAACAACAGUUCUCAACACAGUUGCACAAAUGUUUGAGAGAAGUGGCUCCGAGGUUGUUAAAAUAAACAUGUUGGAGAAUUAAGCACAGAUUCUGCCAUCUGAGUCCACAUAAUUCUGUUUCUUACAGAAACCCAAACAGGCUUUAUCAUGUUAAGAUCAGGGCUUUGUGGAGGCCACUCCAUCACUUCGGGGUCCCCUAGCUCUUCUUUACAGUGAAAGCAGUAAAACCGCUUUGUCUGUUUUUUUUCCCCCCACCUGUGAUAGAAUAAUUUCUUCCUGCCUUGUAUUGGAUGAUGGAUAAGUAGCAUUAUUUCACACCAGCUUCAGACUUUGCACAGGUGUGUGCAUUCCACAGACGUCUCUUUGCUGUUGCCUUAUUUGUAAAGGCAUUCAAUUCCAAUUAUCUUUCAAAGCUAAUCAUGUGGAAAUAUUUUCAAAAAUGAACUGUAUGGGCUUUUAUAACAGAUUUGUAUCAAUAAAGACGACUUCUUUCCAAUGA